UUCUCCUUCCAAUAAGCUUUUCGUGUGUUAUCGUUAAUGGAGAUAAUAGGGUUUUAGCGAGGAAGAGAAACAAAAUUCACGUAAAACAAUCCAAAAGAAACACAAUUGAUAAUGUCCUCGCUGACGUUGAAACCAACGUUUCUGUUACAGGCAUAUGGUUCUUCGUCUUCGUCGUCUGCCGGAAGUCGACGGCUUUGUUCUCUGAUUAGCUUCCAGAAGAAAACAUUUCGCAAACAAAAAUUCACUCUGAGAGCUCAAUCCCUCGAUUCACCGCAAAAUAACAACGAAAACGAUACCAAACCUCCAAAUGGCUCUAUGCACAAAAGCAGAAGGGAAAUUCUACUGGAGUAUGUGCAAAAUGUACAACCGGAAUUCAUGGAGUUGUUUGUGAAAAAAGCACCACAACAGGUAGUUGAGGCAAUGCGCCAAACAGUGACAAACAUGAUUGGAACAUUACCUCCACAAUUUUUCGCCAUUACUGUAACCACGGUCGCUGAAAAUCUUGCUCAGCUUAUGUAUAGUGUCUUGAUGACUGGAUAUAUGUUUAGGAAUGCUCAAUUUCGGUUAGAACUGCAACAAAGUCUGGAACAGGCUGCCCUUCCUGAAGCACAGGAAGAAAAGGAUUCACCAGAUUAUGCAUCUGGUACCCAGAAAAAGGUGACUGGAGAAGUCAUAAGGUGGAAUAAUGUUACAGGUCCUGAAAAAAUAGACGCGUUGAAGUAUAUCGAGUUACUUGAAGCAGAAGUGGAGGAAUUGAAUCGUCAAAUGGAAAGGAAAUCUGGUAAUGGUUAUAAUGAGCUGUUGGAAUAUCUAAAGACUCUUGAGCCUCAAAAUAUCAAGGAGCUAACCAGUACAGCUGGAGAAGAUGUUGUGCUCGCCAUGAAUUCUUUCAUUAAGCGUCUCUUAGCUGUUUCAGAUCCUAGUCAAAUGAAGACUAGUGUAACAGAGACAAGUGCCCCAGAACUUGCCAAACUUCUUUAUUGGCUCAUGGUGGUUGGUUAUAGCAUCCGGAAUAUUGAAGUCCGCUUUGAUAUGGAACGGGUACUAGGCACUUCUCCAAAGCUCGCUGAGCUGCCUCCUGGUGAAAAUAUUUAGGCAUCUCUGGAAAGUGUCUAAUCUAUAGCAAGCAUUAAAACGUUGAAGCAACAUACAUUUUUCAUGAGCUUUACGAUGGUCAAUAGUAAAAUUUUAUCAAGCUUGUACGACUAUCUGGGAGGACAACAGUGGAAAUUGGUUUUAGUGCAUUUUCUUCACUCACUCCCAGCCCCGCUCCCCCUAUUAUUCUCAGUUUGGGAGCAUCAUUAAGACGCUCAUACAAAGGAAAUGUACUAUAAAUUGAUGCACAAUGUAACUUAUGUGAGUUAAUUUGAUUCAUUGCCCUCUAAAAUGUACCUCUCUGUUUAUGGGAAUGAGAAAUUUUGUGGCUUAGAUCUCCAA